UCCUGUAAGAAAGCACUCCAUCAGAAACCUGCUGAGGUUUUGUCAAAUACAAGAUUUGAGAUUUUUGUUCUAUUUUCUCAAGAUGAUGGAGACAUUCUCACUGAAAACCUUUACAACGAAUAAGAAGCUGAUUCUGGGGCUGCUGUUCCUCACCUUUUCUGUUUCCACUUUUCUUAAUUAUGGGAAGCAUCAUGCAAAAAGACAUACUGGCGUAUCGUUUUUUCGGCACCCGGCACUAUGGACACCUGUACGUUUUCCAGAAUCUUUAUCAUUAGCUGACUCCAUAUAUUGGAAUGUUAUGUCAUGGUGUAACUUUCAUGCCCCUGAAGAGUUUAGUUUAAUUACCAGUGCUGAGAACAGCCGGGUCUACAUUUCACAUCCUUUGGCACACUACCGAACUGGGGACACUCUCACAGUCUUCAUUGAAACUUUUAAUCAACUAGGAUACAGACGGACCUCUGGAGGUGACUUCUUUAUCGCUAGAGCUUUCAACAGUGAUUGGAAAGCAGGAGUUCUGGGAACAGUAGUAGAUAUGAAAAAUGGGAAAUAUUUAGUAAUGUUUCCAUUGUUAUGGGAAGGGGACGUAAGAAUUUCCAUCAAGCUUUAUCAUUCAGCAGAAACUGUGGCUGUUAUAUGUAAGCAUCGGCACAGAUAUCCUUACACAGUGGCAUACAAAGGAUUUUUUGUCUCUGAAAACCUAAUAGAAACCACCAACUGUCACUUUGACCUCCCACAGGAUGGACCCAUAUGCAACUUUACUGAUCUGAGUUCUGGGGUACAAUGGAUCUGUGAAAAGCCUCCUUCCCUGGGUUGUGAGUACUUCCGGCACAUAGAAAUGUAUUCUAUUGACAAUAAUUUAUUAAGCAAGAUGGAAGAAAAAUUUCUUGAGAGAGACAAUAUUCUGACAGAAGUUACACCAGAAGGGCCUUCAUCAGUUUUUGUUCAUAAAAAAGGUAACCACAACAGUUUUAAUUAUUGUUAUAUAUAUAUUUUUAUUUGUACUGGAAAUACUUAA